ACUCUACUAAUGUGAAAAGAAAUAAAACCUGAACCAAUUUGAAUGGCAAACCAUCUAUUUAGGGUCAGUAAACCAUAAUUAAUCUAUUCAGCCACAAAAAAUUAGGAAUUUUUGCAGUUAUUAGGGUGUCUCCAGGUAAAGGAUGAGGAAACCAUUUAUUAUUUUUGUCUUCAAGGGUCUCCGAGUAGGAAUAAACGACAAUGAUAAAGCAGCUCCUGAAAGGCAAGUACUCAGCCGACUCAACUUGACAAAUUGUCACGUGGAAUGGAAUGAAAUUGAUGAUGUGUGGUUGUAUUGGGAUGAUGUCAAAUCCAGAAUAAUUAGAAAUGUUGGUGAAAGGAUUGGAUUCUCAUCAGGUGCUGCAGCACAGAUUCACCGUGGAUACCACACAGUUGCUGACCCUGCUGACAAACCUCCUGACAUAUCUCAUUUGAUUUUUGUGGUUCAUGGAAUUGGACAAUUAAUGCACAUGAGCAAUAUUGUCAAGAGCUGUGUUAGCCUUCAACAGUGUGCUGUAACAGUUUUAGAGAAACUUUUUACGGAUAAUCCACCUGAUCAGCGAGUAGAGUUCAUUCCAGUGGAAUGGAGAUCAUCACUUAAACUAGAUGAAGGUACAAUUGAGAGCAUAACACCUGCUUCAAUAUCAGGACUCAGGAAGAUUCUUAACACCAGCAUGAUGGACAUCAUGUAUUACACGAGUCCAUUUUACAGAUAUGAGAUCAUUGACAGUGUAAGAGAUGAAAUGAACCGUUUGUACACCAAAUUCUGCUCCAGGAAUCCUUCAUUUGUGGAAAGAAACGGCAAAAUUUCGAUAGUAGCCCACUCGUUGGGGAGUGUGAUUGCGUACGAUAUCUUAACACUUUGGGACAUCGAAUCAAGACAUCUUUCUCCAGAUGCCACAGAAAGCACUGGCUUUCUUACAGAAAGCCUGCAGUACCUGCGGUCAAUAACCAGCAUGACGAGUAAUGAGAAGAAGGAGUCUGGGCCCGAGGGUAAGAGGAAAGAGAAUUUACGAGUCGAACUCGCUAAUGCUCGGAGCGAAGUGAUGAGGCUUGAGGCUAUGAUGACAAGUGAGGUGGAACACGAGAAACAAGACGCUGAAAAAAGCUCAGGCGAAUGCCCUUUAGCGCUACGGUUCAAGGUUGAAAACUUAUUCUGUGUGGGAUCGCCGCUGGCAGUGUUCUUGACGCUACGAGGGCUCAGACCGCAAGACGACGUAGAAGAUCACGUGCUACCAAAGUCAGUUUGCAAACGUGUACUGAAUAUUUAUCAUCCAGCUGACCCUGUGGCUUACCGCUUAGAGCCUCUGUUAAGUUCAGACUACAGCAGCAUUCCUCCGAUACAACUACACCGCUACGACAGCAAACAAACAGGCUACACUGAAACCAAACCAGCUGGCAAGUCUGCCAAGUGGGGAGCCCUUUUAGCGGUAUAUCGAGCUGGUUUUUCCAAACAGAAAACAGACGAUGAAGCCAGUGAUCGAUCAAAUAGCCCAAACAGUGAAGCUGAAAGUACAGAUGAAGAAAUUGUGGUUGUGCACAAUUCUGCAUCUGGGGGGAGCGUUGAAGCGAACGGUGUAAACGACGAAGGAGCUACAUGCAGUAUCACCGACGGUGGCUCAUCGGCUUCUUCCAAGCGGACGGGUUGGAUAGCGAGUAUCUUUGGUUCUUCUAAACCCCUCACGGCAGGUAACUCCGGCCAGGAGUUGGAAGAAACGUCAGAAACAGAUGGGGGUGUCAAAAAGAAAUCUGAAAAAACGAAAAAAGAAGAACACCUCUCAGUGCCUUCGAAAGUUUUGAAGGAACGACUCGACUACACUCUACGGGAGGGAUACAUGGAAACUAAAUACUUGUCUGCGGUCACGUCUCAUACAUCGUACUGGUCUUCGUGUGAUGUGGCACGGUGCAUCCUUGAGAAUUGCCUGGAUCCAGGACAAAAUUUGGACCAGUCUUAAGAACGUGUGAGAUGGUUGGAUAAAUUAUUACAUUAACAACGCAAGUGCCUGGGAUCUGCGGUAAUUAAUUUCGGGUGGUUAACUAGGAAAAAGGGUUUAUUAUACUAUUUCUGAAAAAUAGUCCAAGUAACUAGAGAUAAGGGAAUGUUUUGUCAAAUUUUAUUCAUCAUUGGUUAGUUACGCAUGUAAAAGUACUUAAGAGGCAUUAUUUUUAUUUACCUGUCAGUGUGGCUUGAAAAUUUUAUAACUCGAGGUGAUCUAGAGUUGAGUAGCCCUGCCUUUACUGCAGUUUAACCCUUGAAUUCCCAUCAGUUGCCAAGAUAGAAUUUCUCCUUACAAUAUCAAUACAAUAUCAAGCAGACAGGUAAUGAGAACAAAGAGAAAUAUCAAUUAGAGGAUUACUACUCAAUCUAAUACCAAAAUCUCCCAACUAAUAUGAGAAUUGUUUGGCAGACAGUUAGGAGAAUUACUAAUAAGAUCUUGGGAGUGAAAGGGUUUUAAAAAAAGCUGGAAUAGGUGCUCUAGGAAUAUUAUUUUGCGAAAAUUAUGUCAUAGGCUCACAUAAAACUUCUCCCGGGAAAAUGGCAUUACGAUAAUGCAGUAUGGGAGAAGUGAAAAAUGUUUUGAGAUAUUUUUUAUGAUAAAUUGUAGGAGACGUAGCACUGACGAAGUGAGGCCUUGACAACGGCGCGCGCACAAGCCUGAGAACGCCGUUGUGUUAUAAACACGAUGUAAAAACGUGUAAACUACGUCGCGAAAGAUUCGUGCGUUUGUCGUGGUCUCAUUCCACAAUUUUUUCCCCCUAAAUUUGCCAUGGAUAAUACAAACUUGUAGGGAUGUAAAAGACUGAUUGAAGAGCCAACAUCGACUAGUUUGUAUGAUUAACAUGCAACUUCUUGCAGCUGAUGAGAGCCGACAAAAUUAUCACUUGGAUGAAACUCCAAAUUCUCCUAACUAAUUCACAAGAAAUAUUGAGCUGCUGGUAGUGAGAGUCGCCAAUCAGAUCUGGAAGAUUAAGAAUUUUAACGUAAUUAAUUUCGCGCUCCUGUUCUGGAACGUAAGUCUGAGAUUUGUGGGAUUGAUGUUAGCAGCCCUCAUGCGCAAGAUUUGAUAGAAGUUGCCUAUAGCAGAUUCGGUUGCGAUUAAGAAGGAUUUUCCCUUCACUAGGUAUUAAAACUAUUUUGAAUACAUUCUAAAUCUUAGAUUUUAAAAUCUUUAAAACAAAUAAAUAGUUUAUCUUGUUAUUUCGUGUAAAUAUGCGACAAGCAUUUUGUGUACUAAUGUAAAAAACUGGCUAGUAUUUUAACGCAUUGUGUUGCACUGAAAAAUGUCAAGAAUGGUUCAAUAAAUAUAUGGUACAAUUGUA